AUGUCGGUAUGUCUGCUGAAAAAAGCGCGUCAGGGGGCACCAGAACGCGGCGCAUGCUAUGAACCAAUGCUCAUGGCCCUAGAUAGCUAUGUGGAACAAUUAUUGCCUGAAGUUAUUGAUCUGAGACAGAUUCGUGUCCUUGUACCAGGCUGUGGACUGGGUCGACUUGCUUGGGAGGUAGCUGAUCGAGGCUAUAUAUCACAAGGCAAUGAAUCAUCUUAUCAUAUGAUCAUGGCUUCCAACUUGGUCCUGAACAAGUUGAGUUGGAAAGUUUCAUAG